AUGGACCAACCUCUUCAUCAUCUUCAAGAAACCAAACCCACCGCCAUCACCGUUGCUACAACCACUCCAAGCGAAACAUCUAACAACAGCACUGAUAACAGCAACAGUAGCAACAACACCAACACCAACAACAGCAGCACUAUUAAGAAUCGUAAAUGCAAAGGUAAAGGUGGACCUGAUAACAACAAAUUCAGAUACCGUGGUGUUAGACAACGUAGUUGGGGUAAAUGGGUUGCUGAAAUUCGUGAGCCUCGUAAACGUACUCGUAAAUGGCUUGGCACUUUCUCAACUGCUGAAGAUGCUGCUAAAGCUUAUGAUCGUGCUGCUAUUAUUCUCUACGGUUCUAGGGCUCAGCUCAAUCUUCAAUCCUCUGGUUCUUCUUCUAAUUCUUCUUCUCAAAAUGAUUCAUCUUCUUUGAACCGUAACUCGUCUUCUACUUCUGGAAAUACUCUCCGUCCUUUACUUCCUCGUCCUUCUGGUUUUUCUCUUUACAAUAAUCUCGUACCUUUUGGUGUCUACAAUAACUUCAACCAUCAGCAGCAUCAUCAACAACAACCGGUUUUCGAUAAUAGCAUUCAUCAUCAUCAUCAACAACUGGUGCAAGUGCAACUUCAACAGCAACAGCAACAAUAUAAUCAACAACAGAUACAAGAUUUUGAGCAACAUGCAAGUGGCGGUUCGACUUCUGUUAGGUCAAUUACCUCGUACCAGAAUAUACAAUGUGUUUAUAAUGAUCAAGAACAACAUGCAGAAGCUGUUUUGAAUCAGCAACAGAAGAAUACUAAUAAUAAUGUUCAGAAUUGUGAUGUGGUUGAGGGAAUUAUGAGCAAUUCAAGUUUGAUGGGGUCAUCAGGUUUUGAUGGAACAGUGGUGGAUCCAGAUCCAGAAGGUAUUUGUGUUGGUUCUCCAAAUUCUAUGUGGCCUUUGACAAGUGAUUUAUGGGAUUACAAUGAUCCUAACUUCUUUGAUUUUUGA